AUGACAAGCUGAGUCCUGUGUGAUGGUGUAGUACCUACAGUGUAGUCAGAGGGAUGAGUGCGGUGUUACAUUAAAAAGCGUGUUAGUUUGUACAAGUUUUAUUUGGCGGAUGUAGGGAGUUCAUUUGUCCUCCCGCGGCCGUCACUGUGUGUGUUUAUUAUGCACGUUGUUUUGUCCCGGUGCAGACAGGUUAACUUUCCCCGUGUGUCCGCCGCUCUGACCGGGUGUAGAUCUGACAUGGCCACAGACAGGAACCGGAAACCGAAACCGCCUAAGGACACGCUGCGGCACGUGCGCUCCCGGGAGAGCCGCAAACACGCGGACCUGCACGGGCCGUCCACCGUGUACGCGCAGGUGGUGGGCGCGGGGGCGCGCGAGAACGGCGCGUCUCUGUACGUGUUCUCAGAAUACAACCGAUAUCUGUUUAACUGUGGAGAGGGAACACAAAGACUGAUGCAGGAGCACAAAUUGAGAGCUGCUCGCUUGGACAACAUCUUCCUGACUCGUAUGAGCUGGGACACAGUAGGAGGACUUUCAGGAAUGAUUCUGACUCUGAAGGACACCGGAGUCCCCGAGUGUGUCAUGUCCGGACCUCCGCAGCUGGAGAAAUAUCUGAAUGCUAUCCGAGUGUUCUCUGGGCCGCUGGACGACAUCAGACUGUCAGUGAGACCGUACACUGAGCCUGAGUAUAGAGACGACACCAUGACUGUCAACCAAGUGCCCUUAUUUGCGGGUAAGAGAUCAGAGCAGAUGAGGCGUGGCAGUGGUGGGAGUGGCAGUGGGCGUGACCAGCGGAGGGAACUGUGGCAGAAAGACGAGAGUGAUGAGAGCACGAGUGAUGGCUCAGAAAGUCCUGGACGUAGAGAGAGAAGCACUCGAGACCCCUCGCUGGUGGUGGCCUACGUGUGUAAGCUGCACGCAAAAAAAGGUAACUUCCUGGUGCACAAAGCCAAGGAGCUGGGACUUCCUGUAGGGACGGCGGCCAUCGGCCCGCUCAUAUCCGCCUUAAAAGACGGGAGAAGCAUCACAUACGAGGGCAAGGAGAUCCAGCCAGAUGAAGUGUGUACUCCAGCCGAUCCCGGUCCGGUGUUCCUGGUGAUCGACUGUCCCUCUGAAGUGUUUGUUCAGCCGCUGUGCACCAAUCAGGUUCUCACAAGGUAUCAGAGUGAGGGUUCAGAAGGUUCUGCAGCUCUGGUGGUUCACAUGACACCAGAGUCUGUGCUGAAAACACCAGAGUACCAGCGCUGGAUGGGGAGGUUCUCCUGCAGUACAGAGCACCUGAUCAUGAAUGAGCAGGUCUCCACCGUCCACAACGUCCGCAGCCACAAGAUCCAGACCCAGCUGAACCUGAUCCACUCAGACAUCUUCCCCGAGCUGCAGCACUACACCUCUAAGGAGUCUCAGGCUGCGCUGCACGUCCCCAACGUCAGAGCCGAGUGUCUGCUCAAGUUCCAGCUCAGACCCAAAGCUGAGUGGCAGCGUGAUGCCAUCCCCACCUGUGACAGAGAGGAAUUCAUUAAGGAGGCUGCGGAGGUGCCAAAUUUCCUGCAGGAAGUGGAGGAGUGUAAACACUUCCAGACCACCGACUCUGCCGUUCUGUCCGGUAAGGUGGAGCGGUACCCUGAGGUGGUGUUUUUAGGCACAGGAUCAGCUCUGCCCAUGAAGAUCAGGAACGUCAGCAGCACACUGAUUAACAUCAGCUCCAGCCAGUCUCUGUUGUUGGACUGUGGUGAAGGCACAUUUGGACAGUUGUGUCGUCAGUAUGGUAACAAUGUGGAUGAGAUGCUGGUCAAGUUGUCCACUGUGUUUGUGUCUCAUAUUCACGCUGAUCACCACACGGGACUGAUUAACCUGCUGCUGCAGAGAGAGCGUGCUCUGAGGAGUCUGGGUAAAACUUUUUCUCCUGUGUACCUGGUGGCUCCUGCUCAGAUCAUGACGUGGCUCAAUCAGUACCAUGAUCACUGCCAGGAAAUCCUCAGCCAUGUCAAUUUCAUCCCUGCAAAGUGUCUGUGUGAUGGAGCUGAAGUGCCCAAGUUCAAGACCCAGUCCUUCAUUCACGCUCUGCUGAAGAGGAACGACCUCACUAAGUUUCAGACGUGUUUAGUGCGGCACUGUAAGAACGCAUACGCCUGCAGUUUGACCCAUCAGUCUGGCUGGCAGCUCGUCUUCUCCGGAGACACCAUGCCAUGUGACACACUCGCACAGAUGGGAAAGAAUGCGACAUUACUGAUCCAUGAGGCAACACUGGAGGACGGCAUGGAGGAGGAGGCCAUGGAGAAAAGGCACAGUACGACAUCUCAGGCCAUUGGUAUUGGGAUGAGUAUGAAUGCGGAGUUUAUUAUGUUGAACCACUUCAGUCAGAGAUACGCCAAGAUCCCACUGUUCAGCUCCGACUUUAAUCAGCGUGUGGGCGUGGCCUUCGAUCACAUGAGAAUCCGUUUUGGAGAUUUCCGGAUUCUUCCGCGUAUCCUGGCUCCUCUGAAGGCUCUGUUUGCUGAGGAGAUUGAGGAAAUGGAGGAGAGAAGAGAACGGAGAGAGCUUAGGGCGGGAAAGUGCGUGGGGGCGGAGCCAGACUGUCAGAGUGGAGAAGGGAGAGGAGCUAAACGAGGAAAAGACGACCGUGACCAGGAAACGGCCUCCAAACGGAUGAAAACCACCUGACCUCGGAUCAGUGCGGUUUAGCCAAUGGGAAAGGAGGACGAGAUGAAUUUAGCCAAUAAGAGCUGGAAUAGUGAAGAUUCAACCUGUACUAUGAGGACAGUGAUGUGUUUUGGGUGAUGAUGAUGAUGAUGAUGAUGGACUGAUCUAUAAUAGGAUGAGUUUCUGAUAGGUUUAUAUUUACUCUACAUUGUAUUAUUUCACUUGUACAUAUUGUACGUUUUUUUUUUCUUUAAAUAAUAAAGACGUGUCUGAGUUGGAAAACUUGAUAAAAGAUGAAAAUCAUGUCUUGAGAUUUAAUGCAGGGAAUAAAGUCCUCCUUGUC